CUUGGGUUCGUCCCGGGCCACACAGCUCUGCGGCCUUAGACCCUGUCUCCUAGAAGGCACCAACGCUUCCCACAGACCCUGCAGGAGCCAGGCUCGGGCUGGGGUUGACGGUGACUGACACGUUCAGCCAAGAGAAACAUAGGAGCUGAAUGAAUGGCGAUUCCGGCCCGGAACUCCUAAAGCGGUUCGAUUAAGUGUUCUGCCUGCGCGACAGAGCUCAUUACAGAUGGCUGUGAGCCACCACGUGGUCGCUGGGAAUUGAACUCAGGACCUCUGGAAGAACAGCCAGUGCUCUUCACCACUGAGCCACCUCUCCAGCCCCCGGAAGUGACUUUUGAUCGCACCGGGAGCCUCCCCUUUAAGCGCGCACCCCGGUGGGAACUCCCACAAGCCACUGGGCGGAGUCCCAGAUGGGCUGCCCAAGUGCAUGCUGGGAUUUCCCUGAACCUUGGAGCGCUGGGCUUCCGGGAGUUCUGGACACCGGGACUACAUUUCCCAGGAGCCACCGCGCCGAACAUACCCCAUCAACUUCCGGUGUCCUCGCUGAGCUACGGUGGACAGUCAGAACUUUCUGGUAGGAGGAAGAAGUCUCUGGUUAGCGUAAUUCUCCACUGAGCCACAUUGAUGUUCCGUGUGGGAAAAUGUCUAUUUCCGUGUUCUCCUGUUUCUGAAUUUUCUGCGUCCUUUGCUGUGAAGGAGUUUAGAUGUUAACUCCUUGUCAGAGGGGAGGAUCCUGAAGAAGGAUGGCCAGCUCUAGUUCUCAAGACAUGGUCUGUGGGUCAGUGACAUUCAGAGAUGUGGCUGUUGACUUCUCUCAGGAGGAGUGGGCCUGCCUGGAUGCUACUCAGAGGGUCUUAUACAGGGACAUGAUGUUGGAGACCUACAGCAACCUCGUCACAGUGGUGGGAAGUUCCGUUUCCAAACCCGAUCUGAUCGCCUUAUUAGAGCAGGAGAGAGAGCCCUGGAUGGUUGUGAAGGAAGAAACAGACAGGCCCAGCCCAGAUUUGGAGUCAUGUUAUAACACUGAAAAUAUAUCUCCAGAAAAUCAUACUUAUGAUAUAAAUUUACCCACACAGAGCAUAAAGCAAUUAAGUAAAAAUUUUGACCUCCAGGGCUCCAGUUUUAGUAAUGGCCUCAAGUACAGUACAUUCAAGAGAUUACAGGGAUAUCAAGAUGGAGAUGCUGAUCAAAAGAUUAAUAACAAGGAAAAACUGCCUACUUACACCUGCCAUACUCUUACUCACAAUAUAGAAAAAGCAUAUGAAUGUAAUGAGUGUGGGAAAUACUUUGGUUGUCGUUCAAAUCUUAUUCAGCAUCUAAGUAUUCAUACUGGAGAGAAACCCUAUCAAUGUAAGGAAUGUGGGAAGGCCUUCAGACUCCACCAACAACUUACAAGACAUCAGAAAUCUCACAGUGAUGAGAGACCUUUUGAAUGUGAUGAAUGUGGAAAGGCCUUUCACCUUCCCAACCUGCUUAAGUACCAUAAAACCAUUCAUACAGGUACAAAACCAUUUGAAUGUGAGGAAUGUGGAAAGUCCUUUAAUCGUGUCUCGACUCUUUUUCAACAUAGGAUUAUUCAUGCUGGUGUGAAACCAUAUGAAUGUAACGUGUGUGGGAAAGCCUUUAAUCGUCGUUCAAACCUCAUGCAACAUCAGAAAAUUCAUUCUGGUGAGAGACCCUUUCAGUGUAAGGAAUGUGGAAAGGCCUUCACUGUUCUGGCACAGCUCACUCGGCACCAGAACAUUCACACUGGAGAGAAAUCAUUUGAAUGUGAGCAGUGUGGCAAGAUAUUCAGUAGUGGCUCAUACCUUGCAAGACACCAGAGUAUUCAUACUAGUGAGAAGCCCUUUGAAUGUAAUGUAUGUGGGAAGGCUUUUAGGCUUCACCUAUAUCUUUCUGAGCAUAAAAAAACUCACACUGAUGAGAAACCUUUCAAGUGCAAGCUGUGUGGGUCAGCCUUCAGACGAAAGUACCAACUUAGUGAGCAUCAGAGAAUCCAUACUGAUGUGAAACCCUAUCAGUGCAAUGAAUGUGGGAAAUACUUCCGUCGCCGUUCGAAUUUUACUGAGCAUCAGAGUAUUCACACUGGAAAGAAACCGUUUGAAUGUAAGGAAUGUGGGAAAGUCUUUAGACUUAAUAUACAUCUCAUUCGACAUCAGAGAUUUCAUAGUGGUGAGAGACCUUUUGAAUGUAAAGAAUGUGGAAAGGCCUUUCAUUUUUCCAGCCAACUUAAUUACCAUAAAACCAUUCAUACAGGUCAAACACCUUUUGAAUGUGAGGAAUGUGGGAAGUCCUUCAAGCGUGUCUCCAGCCUUGUUGAACAUAGGAUUAUUCAUGCCGGUGUGAAACCAUAUGAAUGUAAUGAGUGUGGGAAAGCCUUUAAUCGUCGUUCAAACCUUAUGCAACAUCAGAAAAUUCAUUCUGGUGAGAGACCCUUUCAAUGCACAGAAUGUGGAAAGGCCUUCACUGUUCUGGCACAGCUCACUCGGCACCAGAGCAUUCAUACUGGAGAGAAAUCAUUUGAAUGUGAGCAGUGUGGGUCAGCCUUCAGACUUCAGUACCAACUUACUCAACAUCAGAGAAUUCAUACUGAUGUGAAACCUUUUCAGUGCAAGGAAUGUGGAAAGGGCUUUAUUCGUGGUACAGGCCUUAGAAUUCAUGAGAGAAUCCAUACUGGUGAGAAGCCCUUUCAAUGUAAGGAAUGUGGGGAAGCCUUUCAAUAUCAUUACCAAUUUCUUGGACAUUUUAGAAUUCAUACUGGCAAGAAUCCUUAUGAAUGUAAAGAAUGUGGGAAGUACUUUUCUCGUGGUGGAGAUCUUAAAGUACAUCAAAGAAUUCACACUGGUGAGAAAACUUACCAAUGUUAAGAAUGUGUGAAGUCCAUUAGUUGAAAAUCAGACUUCAUUUAACAUGCCAAUAUUCAUAUUAAUAAGCCUUCUGAUGUAAGGAAUGUGGAAAGGCCUUCAGUAAUUCUAAGCUAGCUAUGUAUUAGAGAAUUCAUAAUGGUAAGCAACCCUAUGAAUGUAAGAAAUGUGGGAAAAUGUUUAGAUUUAAUUCAGCCUUUACUGCACAGUGGUGAAUUUAUACUGGUAUGAAACUCUUAUCAGUGUAAAGAAUGUGGAAAGACAUUCAGUUUGAGCUCAGGCCUUCUUCAAUGUAAAGGAAUCCAUGCUGGUGUGCAAUGCUAUAAAUGCAAGGAAUAUGGGAACAUUUAUAGAAUUAGCUCAGCUCUUAAAGCUCAUCAGAGAGUCCUUAUAUGUCUGAAACCCUGUGAAUAUGAGGAAUGUGGGAAAACCUUUAUUGUAAAUGGUGAGCCUACACAACAUCAGAAAAUCUAUCAUCAUCAGGAGUCCUAUGCAUGUAAAGAAAGUGGACAAGCCUUUGUAUGGAAAUUUUACUGAACAUUGGAGGACUCAUUGGCAAGACUGUGACUAAAAAGAAUAUGGGAAGAACUUUAGUCUGCCCUCAGAUUUGGUCAACAUCAGAGUAUUCAUACUCUUUUGUUGUUGUUUUGUUUUUUUGUUUUUGUUUUUGAUUUUUCUUUAUUAAGAAAUUUUCUACUCUACAUACCACCCACAGAUCCCACCUCUGCCCUCCUCUCCCACCCCCCAGGAGUAUUCAUACUCUUGAUGCCAAGAAACCCUUAGAGAAUCAGAGUGUGGGGAGUCUGUUGUUCAGAGAUGAUACUCUAUUGAGAAUGUCAGACAAUGUUGGCCAUUAUGUUUUUGAUUACUCUCAUCUUGUUAAUUGUAUAAACUUAAUUUGUCAAACACUAUUCACCCAGGACAGUCAGCUUAGGGAGAGUAGUUAUUGGGACUAGGUUUAUCUGAGGUACCUUCCUUGUCACCAUUAAUAUCCCAUGGCUCCUGUGAUAAUAGGCACAAUGUUUACUUUCUGCCUAAUUUGUUAAUGGCAAGCACAGUACCAAACAAAAGUUUUGGAAACAGUACAAUAGAUAUAAAAUCCUUGAAGAGUAUUUGGUUCAUGCCCAUGUUCUGUAAAAUGACUUUUACAGUGUUCUUGCUUUUAUUGCCUGGAAUGUAACUGAUAAGAAAGACAAAUUUUAUUGCAGAUAGUUUAGAAAAGCCUUAUUCCUUCACUAUUCAAUUUAAAUAACUUCAUUCUGGAUAAAAUCUGAUGCCUGAAAAUGUACAUGAAAGUAUUUUUGUUGAGAAUUCCUUAAGUAUUUGUGUGAAGAAGUUAAAAACACAGCUGUUGAUGAAUAAGUACUUUUUAAAGGUGUUCAAUAAAUACAUAAAAAUUUCAAAAGUUUUUCCUUGUAAUUUAUGCUCUUGGUUCAUCAUUAAUAUAAACUAUACAUUUGUGACAGGGCAAGAUAGUACAAAGUCACCUCCAUUGCAUAGUCUUGCUGAAUCCAUUUUAGGGGUGGAUAGAAUUUGACUUCUGAUGGAGAAUCUCAUGGAAAACUACAGAACUGUGUUCUCAGAACUAGAGAUUGUGAUUCCCCAGCUUAUUUAUCCUGGCUUCUGUUAAACUGCUUGCAUGUCCCCCUGCAGCUAACUACUUAUUUUGGCUUCUGUUAACCUGCCUGCUUGGGCAAAACCUCCUCCUGCAUCUGCUGAGCAAGAUAACAGGAUAUUGUUUUUGCUUUUAAUAUCUUCUUGCUCUAUAUGCUUGGGGCUACACUUGGGUUCCCCACUACCAGAGUGUAGUCCAAGCUGGCUGGAAUAAAGAGUUUCAUUUGACUAUAAA